CCAAACAUUGACCCAUCAAAGAUCCAAACUUUUAUGCCCAAGCUUUCUUCUUCCUCCAAACUCAUCGGCUGUCAAAAUCCCAAAUGCAAAUGGGUACUAGCCUCCAAAAAAAAACUGAAUCCUCUUCUCCAUCAAAGAUAGUUGUUGCUUGGAAGUUGUUGCCGGGUUGUUUCCAGAUUGCUGCAAAUCUGCCUGUGCUGAGUUGUUGUCAUCCCAAUGCCCAUUGCUCUGUACCAAAAUUUAAUAAAAGAUUGGAAGAUGUUCAUGAAGAAAUUGUAUUACCUUCAAUUAUUUCUCUGAUUCAAUCAUGGGUGAGUUUCAAUUAUUACAGAUCUCCUUCUCUUCGAUUCUUCUCCUCUGAACACGUUGGGCUUUUGACUGAAUGUUGUUUUUGAGUUUUUUUUUUUUUUUGUACAACAAUGGAGGUUGGAUAAUUUUUUAUCCCUUUUUGUAUUUGGAUUUUCGGGAUCUGAGUAGUUUUUCUUUGAGAUCUAUAUUUUUUUAGAUAUGAUUUUCCUAGUUUUGGAAUGAAAAUGGUUGAAAAUGGUUGUUGGGGUUCUACAGCUGGGUCACGAAGAAGGAGGAUCCCCUCUGUUUUUUUUUUGGCAGGUAUUUUUGUAAAUAACAACUUUUAGUUUCUAUUUUUGUUUAUUUUCUCUAUGUAGGUCAUAAAUGUAAAUUUUUUUCAUUUUCAGUUUAUUAUAGAAAAAAUCCCUUAUUGAAUGUUCCAAAGUUCCAUCCUCUAUAAAAAUAUUAAAUAUUUCUAAAAAAAUAAAAAA